UCCUCCUUCUCCUCGUCUUCCUCCUGUGUGUGUGUGCGUGUGUGUGCGCGCGUGUGUGUGUGCGUGCGUGCAGGGCAUGAACUACCUGGAGGAGCGUCACCUGGUGCAUCGGGACCUGGCGGCGAGGAAUGUCCUGGUGAAAACUCCAAACCACGUCAAGAUCGCCGACUUCGGCCUCGCCAAGCUGCUGACGGCCGACGAGAAGGAAUACCACGCUGACGGAGGAAAGGUUCCCAUUAAGUGGAUGGCGUUGGAGUCGAUCCUGCAGUGGACCUACACACAUCAGAGUGACGUCUGGAGCUUCGGUGUGACGGCGUGGGAGCUCAUGACGUUCGGCUCCAAGCCGUACGACGGCAUCCCGGCCAGCGAGAUGGCCUCGGUGCUGGAGAGAGGAGACCGGCUGCCCCAUCCCCCCAUCUGCACCAUCGACGUCUACAUGAUCAUGGUGAAAUGUUGGAUGAUCGACCCGUCCAGUCGUCCCACAUUCAGAGAGCUGAUAGUGGGGUUCUCAAAGAUGGCUAGAGAUCCAUCAAGAUACCUGGUCGUACAGGGCGACCUCCCCAGUCCGACAGACAGCAGGUUUUACUCUCGCCUGCUGAGCUCAGACGACAUGGAGGAAGUGGUCGAUGCCGACAAGUACCUGCUACCUUACAAAGGAGCGGGUCAUCAUGACACCCGUACCUGCCACGCCACGAACGGUCAUCCAGUCAGAGAGAACAGCAUCGCUCUGCGUUACAUCACCGAUCCGACUCACAACGCGCUGGAUAAAGAAGACUUCAGCGGCCACGAGUACAUGAACCAGAGUCUGAGUGGAACCAGCUGGAGCAGCAGGCUGUCGGAGGUUUUGAAUCCCAACUACGAGGACUUAAGCCUGGGCUGGGGCGCCGCCUCGCUCCCCUCCCCGCUGGAGGACCUGAAGUCUUUGGGACCCGAAUACCUGAACACCGCCCAAAGCUCGCUCCCCCUGGCCGCCAGCGACCGCCUUGACAAUCCGGACUACCAGGCCGACUUCCUGCCGCGGGCCACGCCCUUCACCGCUAACACCACCACUGUGACCGGGAACGGUCUAUUCCUCCCGGCGGCGGAGAACCUGGAGUACCUGGGUCUGGGUGCUGCACUGUACGCCCCCGUCCGCUAGGGGGCAGCAGCAUCCAGACAGUGGAAACCAAACUUUAGUCCACGGACGGUAUUUCAUUUAGCUGAUUUUAAAUGUAAAGUUCUACCGGCUGACUGAGCAGCAGCAUCUUCUGCUACACUGGAACACAAGCUGCACGCUAAGCGUUGCUCAACGGCACUCAGGCAGCAGUCACUGAGGAAGAGGAGAGUGUUUUUACUGUCGGGAUUCAAACCAACCUAACUCUGUGUCCUUGAACCUCUAAAGGGCUGCAUUCAUUGUUUCACAGCUGUUGAGACAAAACACUUAAGUUUCACCAGAUCAGGGAUUUGAAUCGGUCCGUCUGGGAAAGACGCUGCAGGACGGGACAGACAUCGGAGACAUGGACAAAGAAGCACAAUGAAUCCCUUCCUUCUCUUCCACUCCACCUCUCCUCUGCAGCAGCAUCAACUUGAGUUUGUUGGUCGACACUAAGAACAGGAGAACCAGAACCAGGACGUUGUGCGCAGAGGUCUGAAGAUGUGCAGAAGACUCACCAGAGCUGUGGUAGUCAUGUAGUGUUGAUAACAGAGGCUGGAAGGGGGGCAGUAGUCAGGGACACAUGACGGAUCCUCAGCUCCACCAGGAACCAGCAGCACGGUGGCGCCCCCAGCUGGUGGUGAGACGGCCCUGCAGCUGAACUCAGUCACAUUAUUAGAUAUUUUAAAAGCUGUUUCAGCGUUUAUGAGAUGUUCCUGUGCUGCUGUGAAGGAUAACCAGAGGGACUCACGUAGCUUCUGCUUGUUAGAGACCAAAUGAUGACAUCCUGAAGUAAAUGACAUCACUUCAUGGUGUUCAGCGUGCUGCCCAUCUUAAAAUGUGAGCUGUGCUUCCAUCUCCAUCUUCUCAAUAGUCAGACGCUCUGGUUUUAAAAGCUUCGCUGCGUGAGACGUGUUGAAGUGAAGGCGCAGUGACUCCAGGAGAACAGUCGUGUUCACAGACGAUCUGCUGUUUGAUGUUUGGUUGGACAUCGGACGUCACAGAUGUGAUGUCGCAGCAGGAAUUCUCUCUGUUUGUGUUUCCUGCUGUGGACGUUGUUAACGUUGUGGUGAACAGAGAAGAAGAAGAAGAAGAAGAGACUCUGCACACAGACGGGUGAGCGCUGGAAUAACUCUGUAGAUAUGAAGUGUGCUCACAUGUUGAUGAUUAACGAGCUUCUUGAACCAGUGAAACCUUCUGUCAACGUUUCACUUGAAACACGUGGAGCUGAGCUGUGACGAGUUAGUACUGAAGUGUGAAACGUUUGUUUUUCUGCCUUUACUUGAGGAGAAGGAGCUGUGAUCGGCUGUUAACGACCACUGCUUCUUCCUGUUUGUCUCUUUAGUUGCUGCUCGUCUUUAGAAAGCUCCAGAAAGUGUCACACAGCAGGGAACACCUUCCUACACGUUUAUUUAUACGCAUUGUUUAACUCACAGCGUUUCCAGGUUUUUAUGUGUUGAUUAAAAACGUUCAUAAAAACAA